AUGGUUUCGUUGGAGACCAUCCGCGCAUCCAACCUCAAGACUAGCAAUUUGGAGAAUCUGGUAGCUGUGUUUGUGGGAGGUACACAUGGUGUCGCCGAAAGCACCGUCAAGGAACUGUUCUUGAGGACAACGAAACCGCGAGCGUACAUAAUUGGCAGGAGUCAAGACAAGGCGGACAGUCUUUGUAAAGAGCUCGAAGACUUGAACCCUGGCUCACAGGCCAUCUUCAUCAAGAAAGAUAUCAGCAUACUGAAAAAUGUCGACGAGGUUUGCGAGGAGCUCCAACGGCGAGAAAAGAAAAUCAACAUCUUGUUUCUCUCUGCCGGCUACAUGUCACUAAGCGGUCGAAAGGAAACCCCAGAAGGAUUUGACCACAAAAUGGCUGUCAACUACUACUCCCGGAUGCGCUUCACCAUGAACCUGAUGCCCGAACUCUCGGUAGCCGGAAAAAACAAGGAACUCUCACGCGUGCUUACAGUCCUCGCCGCGGGCUCAGAAGCCGACAUCGACAUGGACAACAUGGACCUGAAAAAGAACUACACCUUACACGCCUGUCUGUCCCACUGUGUGAUGAUGACAGACUUUAUGAUGGAGGAGCUCUCCAAACGCUACCCUCAAACCUCCUUCUCUCACUCUUACCCAGGCACCGUCAAGUCGGGCAUCACCAAUCAACUCACCGGUCCCAUCAGGCUGGGCGUUAAAGUUUUGUAUUCGGUAAUGACACCUUGGAUACUAAACUUUAGAGAGUCCGGCGAGAGACACCUUUUCCAAAUCACCAGCUCAAUGUACAAAGCCAAGGACGGAAGCGCUGGAAUACCACUAAACGGCGGUUUGGACAUUGCAGUUGGGAUGGAUGGAUUGAAGGGCAGCGGAGCAUACUUACUUGACUGGGAUGGCAGGCCAGCUGGCGAUAUGGCUAUACUCAGAAAAUACAGGGAUGAAAAUGCCGGACCCAAGAUUUGGGAGCAUACGCUGACGGCUUUGAAGAGGGCUGCGGGUAACAAGAGGAUGGCUGAUGAGAAUGAGGAGCAAGAGCAGAAGCGUAGAGAACAGCAUGCGUCUGGUGCUCUGAAUAUGGUUGGUUGGAGAGCGGGAUGA